AUGUCCGCGUUAAGUGUACGAGCUCCCGGCCUACAGGCCACAGUGCUGGACACUAGGUCGUUACGUAGUAUACGUGGAGUGACCACGUUAGAAGGAGUGAGGAGGAAUUUAUUUGGGGCAACAGACCGAGAGGAAAACAGACGGUUUGUGGAAAGAGAAUUGGCCAGGCAAUUAGAACUCGACAGCCAAAGAUGGGGUUUCGACUUCGCCAACGAGAAGCCACUUCCUGGAACACAAAGGUUCGCAUGGCAACUCGUCCCAGCAUCCAGCAUCCCUGCCGCGUUAAGAAGAUCACCUAUCACUAUAACAACAUCUCCCAAGUCUGUCGCGCCAGCGCAGGAAACUAAAGUUUCAAGUCCAGAGAGCAACAAAACGCAAAAGAGAAUAACAGAUUUCCUGAAACCCCGCAAGCGGUUACCCACUAGUGGGAAGAAGUCGCCCGCCCACAAACACAAGCACGAGUGCGGGCACGGCGCCCACAUCCGCCCGCCCAAGGUGGCGCGGCUCGCGCAGGCGCACUACAAGCGAGCCAGC